AUGCAGCGCCCCGGGCCCUUCAGCACCCUCUACGGGCGGGUCCUGGCCCCGCUGCCCGGGCGGGCCGGGGGCGCGGCCUCUGGCGGAGGCGGGAACAGCUGGGGCGUUCCGGGUUCCCACGUGCAGUUGCCGGGACGCUCGCAGUUCGGCGCUGGCAGCACAAGUACCGGAGCCAGGGAGGCUAACAGCGUCUGUCCGGGCCCUUCCGCGAUGUCAAAGGCCGAGGAGGCCAAGAAGCUGGCUGGGCGCGCGGCCGUGGAGAACCACGUGAGGAAUAACCAAGUGCUGGGAAUCGGGAGCGGUUCUACAAUUGUCCAUGCCGUGCAGCGAAUAGCUGAAAGAGUGAAACAAGAGAAUCUGAACCUCGUCUGUAUUCCCACCUCCUUCCAGGCCCGUCAGCUCAUCCUGCAGUAUGGCUUAACUCUCAGUGACCUGGACCGACACCCAGAGAUCGAUCUUGCCAUCGAUGGUGCUGAUGAAGUUGAUGCUGACCUCAACCUCAUCAAGGGUGGUGGAGGCUGCCUGACCCAGGAGAAGAUUGUGGCCGGCAAUGCCAGUCGCUUCAUCGUGAUUGCCGAUUUCAGGAAAGAUUCAAAGAACCUCGGGGAUCAGUGGCACAAGGGCAUCCCCAUUGAGGUCAUCCCUAUGGCCUAUGUCCCAGUGAGCCGAACUGUGACCCAGAAGUUUGGGGGCGUGAUUGAACUUCGCAUGGCCGUCAACAAGGCAGGUCCUGUGGUGACAGAUAAUGGGAACUUUAUCCUGGACUGGAAGUUUGACCGGGUCCACAAAUGGAGUGAAGUGAACACAGCCAUCAAAAUGAUCCCAGGCGUGGUGGACACGGGGCUGUUCAUCAACAUGGCGGAGAGAGUCUACUUCGGGAUGCAGGACGGCUCUGUGAACAUGAGGGAGAAGCCAUUCUGA